AUGGUGGCGGCCAACCGGUACCGCUCUGUGCCCACUUCGGAAUCCGAUGUACAGACAGCGCCAAUACCGCCGUCCACCUCGCAAUUGCCGCCGUCAGAUCAGUUUGCAUUCAGCACCACUCUUCGCAAAGCGCAUUCGGACGAUCCUUAUUUUGGCGCUGCGUCGGAUCACGGUGCAUACCCACCUUUCUCAUCUCCAUCUCGUACCACCGCACACAAGCCCAACGCUUCCGAUGCCUCGUUUCGUCAAGCUGCCUCCACCGACCUUUAUGGCGGUUCUCUGCACUCAGUUGCCGUCUCGGCAUCGGCGCACUAUACACACCUCUCGGUCCAGCAGUGUCUCGAUAGCCUGCACUGUCCUUCGCUCGAUACUGGCCUCUCGCCGCUUUUGGUGCAUGAGGCAAGAAGAGAGGCCGGCGGCUACAACGAAUUUGCUGUGCGUGCUGGUGACGAGCCGUGGAAAAAGUUUCUGGCGCAAUUCCAGGAGCCUCUUAUCCUCCUCCUCCUUGGCAGUGCUGCCGUCAGCCUGCUCAUCGGUCAAAUAGAUGAUGCCGUCAGCAUCACCAUUGCCAUCAUCAUCGUCAUCAGCGUCGCCUUCUAUCAGGAGCAGAAAUCAGAAAAGUCGCUCGAGGCGCUCAACAAGCUCGUCCCGCAUUACUGCCAUCUCAUCCGCGAUGGUGUCAACUCGAGCGUGCUCGCCAACGAGCUGGUCCCCGGAGAUGUGGUCACGUUCAGUACAGGAGACAGGAUACCGGCCGACGUAAGGAUCUGCGAAUGCGUCUCGCUCGAGGUGGAUGAGAGCACAUUGACAGGAGAGAUCAAGCCCAGGAGAAAACAUGCAGGCGUCGUACCGCGAGCGUCGAACGGCAGUGCUGCUGCCAAUGGCAACGCAAACGGGACCAAUGCAAAUGCAAGCGUGCCCGCCACGGUCAACGGCUCCAAUGCAGAUGAUGCAGUGGCAACAACCUCGAUCAAUGAGCGCGAAAACAUUGCUUUCAUGGGUACUCUGGUCAAAUCUGGUCACGGCAAAGGCAUCGUCGUCGGCACCGGUGCCACUACCGAGUUUGGGAUGAUCUUUAGCAUGGUGGAUGAAGUGAUCGAAAAGCGAACUCCGCUUCAACUCAGCAUGGACGAGCUGGCCAAGAAACUCAGCAUGAUCAGCUUUGCCGUGAUCGCCGUCAUCUGUCUCAUGGGUGUUUGGCAACGACGUCCCUGGCUUGAGAUGUUCACAAUUGGCGUAUCACUCGCCGUCGCUGCCAUUCCUGAAGGUCUUCCGAUCGUUGUUACCGUCACGCUCGCGCUCGGUGUGCUGCGCAUGUCACACCGCAAAGCCAUUGUCAAGAAGCUCCCCUCGGUCGAAACGCUCGGAUCGGUUUCCGUGGUUUGUUCGGAUAAGACGGGUACGUUGACGACGAAUGAAAUGACCGUCACCAAAUGCUGGACCGCCGAGGACGAAAUCAUUGACGUGGCGCAGCAUAUGUCGCACAGGCAUACGCAAGCGCUCUCGAGACUGCUGCUCACAGCAAAUCUCUGCAACAAUUCGCACAGGAAUGAGUUGGGUACCAACGUGGGACAGGCGACCGACGUGGCCUUGGUCAACAUCCUCAAGGUGUUUGGCUUGGAGGAUCAGAGACCAUAUUUCAAGAGGAGUACCGAGAUCGCUUUUGAUUCCGAGAGCAAGUUUAUGGCAGUGACAGGCGUAUUGAGCACAGCAGAUGCUGGUAGUACGGCCGAAACGGUGUAUGUCAAAGGCGCAUUCGAGGUUGUGCUCGCCAAGAGCAGUGCGGUGCUGGGAGCCGACGGCUCACCGCAAAGAUUAGACGAGCGAUGGCGGAACAGAAUUAGCCAAGCAGCGGAGAAGCUGUCGAGCCAAGGCUUGCGCGUGGUCGGAUGCGCUUCAGGUGCCAGUGGCAGUCUGGAACAGCGCACUUUGACCUUUUCCGGUUUGCAGGCGAUGCACGACCCGCCGAGGCCAGGAGUCAAGGAAGCCAUUGCAUCGCUUGCGUGCGGUGGCGUGCAAGUGGUCAUGAUCACCGGCGACUCGCAAGUAACAGCCGUAGCCAUGGCCAGGCAACUCGGGAUUCUUCCCGCAUCGACCUCAUCCUCAUCCACAUCCAGUGUGCUUACCGGACGUCAGAUCGACGCGCUCAGCGAGCGGCAAUUGCAAGAACGCAUCCCUAGUAUCUCUGUGUUUGCCCGAACUACACCUCGACACAAAAUGUCGAUCAUCUCGGCGCUCCAGUCUUGCGGUGCCGUGGUCGCCAUGACGGGCGAUGGUGUCAAUGACGCUCCGGCACUCAAGAUGGCCGACAUCGGCAUCAGCAUGGGCAAAGGCGGCACCGACGUAGCCAAAGAAGCGGCCGACGUGAUCCUGGUCGACGACAACUUUGCUACAAUUUUGGCAGCAGUGGAAGAAGGCAAAGGGAUUUUUUACAACAUUCAAAACUUCCUGUCUUUCCAACUCUCCACUGCUGUUGCAGCGCUGACGCUGAUCACGUUAAGCACGGCGUUCCGAAUGAAGCUUCCGCUCAAUGCGAUGCAGAUCCUGUUUAUCAACAUCUUGAUGGACGGCCCGCCGAGUCAGAGCUUGGGCGUCGAUCCGGUAGAUCGCAAGAGCGUAAUGUCUCGAGCUCCGCGUGCCAAGAAUGCGCCAGUUCUCAACAACAGGUUGCUCUACCGCAUCGCGUUCAGCGCAACAAUGGUGGUUUUGGGAACGCUUUACGUGUAUAUUCACGAGCUGGUACCUGUCGACAUUGAAGCGCCACCUGCACCGGACGGUAUGCACACUUUCGACGUCAAGCCUCAAGAAAAAGUGGCAGAUCAACGUGAUUCGACCAUGACGUUUACGUGCUUUGUAUUUUUGGACCUUGUCUCGGCCGUGCAGAAUCGCGGACUGUAUACGCGCAUCACGGCCAACCGAAUGCUGGGUCUCACAGUGGGCAUCUCUUUGCUAGCGCAGCUGUCGAUGGUAUACCUGCCACCACUACAGGGCGUGUUUCAGACCACACCGCUCGCAUUCGCAGAUCUCGUGUUUCUCGCCUUCAUCGCUGCACUCAGCUUUGGCUUGCAUGAGCUCCGCAGGAUGUGGGAGAGAACAACCGCCGACCACGACCUUGCCGAGUUCUCCGCGACUGCAGCGGGUGAAUGCGCAUAG